GUGGAUUUUGCUGGCUCGAGGAGUUGGUUUGCGAUCGAGGUUGGAGACGGUCCACCGAGAAGAAAAAAAGAAGUCGGAAAAAUUGGUGUCUGUGCGAAAAUUGUUGUGCACGUGUGACUGCGAGUGUGUGCGCGAAGAAGGCGAUAACAGCAGCCAUAUCAACAACACAAGCAACUGCACAAAGACUUGCAGCAGCAUCAACAACAACAACAACAGAAGCAGCAACGACAGCAGCAACAACAACAAAAAUAACAGCAGCAAUAUCAGCAAAAACAAGCAACUGCAUCAACCAUGCGAAAACAACAACUACAGAAGCAGCAGCAACAACAACAACAGAAGCAGCAACGACAGCAGCAACAACCAGAGCAACAACAACAACAAUAUGGCGCCAAAUUUGAAAUUUGAUUUUGAAAAAAUUAAAAUGUCAGAAAGUCGUGAACCAGCAGUAGUAUCUGAGGUAGUAUCAGCAACUGCCAGCAAUUCGACGGAUACGGGCAGACAAAUCUAUCCACCGGAGUCGAUGGAUUCAGUCAUCAAGUCGACCGUGAACGCAGCUAUUGCGCAGGCCCAUGAGACUUACAGGAGAUCACUGGUGGAGGGUAUUGCAGCAACGAUACGCGAUGAGAUUCGCGCAGGCUUCAUGGAGAUGAUGAGGCUGAUGCAGGAGACCAUCGGGCCGCAGAGGGACGGUAGUAGUGGCAGUCAACCCGCCUCUACGCAGCAAAAAUCGAUGGCAGGGACAGGAGCAAUCCCGAAGGUCCACAAAAGUGAGCCGGAGCCGCCAGUGCAGACCAUAAGAGGACCGUUGCCGCGUCCAGAUUAUUUAACGAGCCUUGAAGAAGUGCACGAUCCGCACGCAAGGAACUGGCGGAAUCCCCACGGCAACAUACGUUCAGAUGCUGGAGACGGAAGGACCGAAUUAGGCAUGGUAACUGAGUCGUCGAGGGACAGCACUUACCUGAAGCUGGAACGCUGGAACGUGCGAUUCGAUGGUGCCGAUUCCACUCACGCUGUGGAGGAUUUUGUCUUCUGCAUCGAGUUCUUGCAAAGACAAUACCAAUGCCCAUGGAGGGAAGUGCUACGCGACUUCCAUGUUCUAUUGGAGGGCAGAGCCAGGGAAUGGUACUGGAUGCACGUGAGGCACUCCAGAGUAGACAGCUGGAUGCAGUUGCGUCAAGCAAUGUUGGACCGGUUUCGAGGCUACCAAACCGAGCAUGACCUCAUGCGGGAGCUACUGCAGAGGGAACAGCAGUCUAGCGAAAGUGUAGACGACUACAUCCACCACAUGCAACGGCUAGCUUCACGCUUCCAGAAACCUCUUCGAGACCGGGAACUGGUGAAGAUAAUAAAGCGCGGGUUAAAGGAAGGCUUGGCACGAUAUGUGUAUGCGAUGGAUAUACUCACGGUGGACGAGUUGCGCCAGGAAUGUAUCGAAGUGGAGCGAUACAUGAGCCGUCGAGGGCGCUCAUCACAAGGACAACAAACCGGCAGUCAAACGGGCAGUUUAUGAGGUUGAAGUCCCACCCCAGCGCGACGAGCAAGAGGAGGAGCCUGUCCGAGUGAGUCAGUGCGGCGGCACCAAGCCAUUCCCUGUCCGACCUUCAGUGCAACACGAGCAAAUAUUCCCAAUCAUCUGGGGUAGCAGAUUACUCGAUCAAGCCAGUAACUGUCGCCGACUAUAAACUACAUAACUGAAACAGCAACUAAUUUGUUGUGAGAUUUGAAAUCUUUAUUUGUCUGCUGACCGUUUCGCUGU